AACAAAAAGAAAAAAAUUACUGCUGGAAAAAAUCGUCACUUCCGGUUGUGAUUGCUCAUUAGUUCCUGACGAAAAUAUUUUGAAAUAAAAGUCCCACAAAGUGGCACAGAGACAUAUAUCAACAUGGAUGAUAUGCUGUUUCAGUUAAAAUUUACUACUAAACAACUUGAAAGACUGUCCAAAAAAGCAGAAAAAGAACAAAAGAAGGAAGAGGCAAAAAUCAAGAAGGCUAUAGCGCAGAAAAAUGUGGAAGGAGCAAGAAUCUACGCAGAGAAUGCCAUCAGAAAAAAGAACGAGAGCCUAAACUAUUUGCGAUUUGCAGCUCGAGUUGAUGGAGUGGCAGCCAGAGUACAGACAGCUGUAGCAAUGAAAGGAAUCACAAAACAAAUGGAGGGAGUGACAAAAGCAUUAGACAAAGCCAUGUCAUCAAUGGACUUAGAAAAGGUUGAGCAAAUUAUGGGAAAAUUUGAGAAGCAGUUUGAAGAUAUUGAUGUCAGGACAUCUACCUUGGAGAAUUCUAUGAGCUCUGCCACCACAUUAUCGACACCUCAGGACCAAGUGGAGUCGCUGAUGAAACAGAUCGCUGAGGAGAAUGACCUUGACAUUACCGAACAACUCACAGAUCUUAACCCAACGACUGCCUCCAUCAGGGAAGACACGGAGAAGAAGAAGGAAGAUGAUUUGUCACGAAGGUUACAAGCUCUUCGACACUGAUCAUCAUUCACUCUCUAUGUUGUAAAUACAUGUAGUAGAUAAAUAUGUAGUGAGAAUAUGUGCAGUGAGAGGCUUUGAACAGAGAGUAUCCAUAUCAAUUAAAAAGUGCUGCAAUUUCACUGGGAAUCAGAGCCUUACAAGAAGAGAGUAUAGGAAAUGAUCAACCGACAUCCAUCAAUUAUUAAUUGACAGUGUCUUGUGGUUUCUUUAAUUGGCACUAAAGAGUUUGAUUUUACUGUUCAGUUAGAAAAAUCAUAUACCAGUUUAUCUUCUCGUGACAAAGUUUUCAUUCAACUAAUUAGUUAAAAUGGAUAGUUAUUAAUACAAAAAGCUGCUGAAUUAUGUUCUUACUGGUAAUAUAAAGUUUUGCAAAGAUUGUACAUGUACCAGUAGUUACUCAAAAAAAUUAAUUUGAUUUAUUUUGAAUCAAAGUUUGAUUUAAUAAAAAUGUAUGUUUUCUGUCGCUGACCUCAGUGAUAGCCACGUUCUGGAACAGUUAAUACAAAUAAGAAUCUAUACAAGACCCUGUAAUUUUUUUUCCCGAUGUGAAGACAUUUCUUGGGGCAAUUUUUUUUUAAUGUAUUAUUUGUACGUUCUCAGUAUGCUGCAAUAUUUUAGGUUAAUUUUCAUUAAGAAUUUUUCUCAGUGUAACAAAGUGGUCUAUUGUGUAUACAUGGUUUACCCGUAGAGAAAAAGAAAAGAAAAGAGUUUUCAAUACAUAUGCUAGGUUUCUGCAAGAAUGCGACCUGUGAAAAUCCUUAGAAUUAUUUCACAAUGUCCAGGCAUAUACCGGUAAUGAUUUUUUAUAUGCCAAAUCAUUUAAUGUACGUUUUUGAUAAUUUGUUAAAAUAUUUAUUGUUUUUAUGACAUAAAAUAAAAUUACUGAAAAAAGCAUUGAA